AAGUAGCCAUCGAAGAUUAGGAGACUACGUACUCUACGAUAUCGACAAAACAAAGCUAUGUCCACUUCGUCCUUCACGACGGAGAUAGCUAGCUAUCCAUAAUUCUCGUACACGGGACACCAGCUGACCAGCCUAGUAACCGCCACCACCGCGAAGCCCCCGGACGAACGAACCCGCCGGCCGCCGGCCGCCAUAUAUACCGGCGCGCACCACUCCCUCGACCAAGCGGCCAGUGCGCGCGUCAAUCUGUCAGUGCGUGUGAGGCGGAGGAGAUGGCGCGGCGCUUCGUGCUCAACACCGGCGCCGAGAUCCCCUCGGUGGGGCUCGGCACCUGGCAGUCCAAGCCCGACGACGUAGGCGACUCCGUCUACGCCGCUGUCAAGGCAGGGUACCGGCACAUCGAUUGUGCCAGGGCUUACCGCAACGAGAAGGAGAUUGGUUUGGCGCUACAAAAGCUGUUCGAAGAGGGUGUAGUGAAGCGUGAAGAUUUGUUUAUCACCUCUAAGCUAUGGCAUGAUCAUCAUGCUCCAGAAGAUGUGCCGGAGUCGCUAGACAAAACCCUGAACGACCUGCAGCUUGAGUACUUGGAUCUUUACCUUAUCCACUGGCCAUUUAGACUCAAGAAGGGGACCGACUGGAGUAACCCUGAAAACUUUGUCCCACCUGACAUCCCUGCUACUUGGGGAGCCAUGGAAAAGUUAUAUGAUACUGGCAAAGCUCGUGCAAUCGGUGUGAGUAACUUCUCAACAAAGAAAUUGGGUGGCCUUCUUGCUGUAGCUCGUAUACCACCAGCUGUUAAUCAGGUGGAAUGCCAUCCGGGUUGGCAGCAAACUAAGCUCAAUAGCUUUUGUCAGUCAACUGGAAUUCAUCUCUCUGCGUACUCACCACUAGGUUCACCUGGUACAGCUUGGAUGAACAGUAAUGUCCUUAAAGAACCGGUCGUUACCUUAAUAGCAGAUAAGCUUGGGAAAACUCCUGCACAGGUGGCCCUGCGCUGGAACAUUCAGAUGGGUCACAGUGUACUACCAAAGAGUCUGAAUGAGCAAAGGAUAAAGCAAAAUCUUGAUGUUUAUGAUUGGUCUAUUCCUGAUGACUUGCUUGCAGAGUUCUCUGAGAUUAAGCAGGUUAGGCUGGUCAGAGGCGACUUCACUGUUAACCCGCAGAGCGUUUACAAGACCCAUGAGGAGCUCUGGGAUGGGGAAAUUUAGGAAUGAAAUUGGAGUUCAUCCUGAGCAGGGAGCAACUUACGUAGGAACCGGGCACUUCUUAUAUGCUCCUACCUCCAUAUUUGCGCCUAGGGAUGCUGGUUUGGUGGGCGAUUCAAUCACUAGUGCUACUGCUAUUGAUGUUGGUUUUGCAGUUAAAGCAUCUGGCAGCAUUUUUCCCUGUGCAACUGCUACCAGCGUGUAUCUUAACCGGACAAUUAGCAUCAUCUAUCCUUUAUUUACCUGUCCCUGUGAAUUUGAUUUUUUUUUUGAGAAGUCCCUGUGAAUUUGAUUAGCACGGUGCUGGGCGUCGCAUGUCGAAAGCAACAUGAUCAUUGAGCCUCCAUUGUUUGUUCAGAAAAUGCUGGCGUGAUGGGCCUUUAGCCGCGUGGGCGAUGGGCUUGGUUUCGGGAAGAGAUCAAGCCCAACCCGAAGCCACGCAUAGGCGCGCACAACAUCGGUGGGCGGAUCGGCCCAGACGUUGGGAACCGCACAAGCACAACCAUGCCAGUCGAAUGAACGGCGGCUAAUCUUAUAUAUCUUCCGGAAGUUGGAAACUUACCCAUCUUCCAAUAUUUAAGAUUUGUACGGUCCACGUGCACCGCACAAUCUUUUUCCUUCUUUCCUUCUCCUCCUCCUCCUCUCGGUGCGACGCCGCUGCCUCCCGCGCCGCCGGCCGCGGUCACUAGGUUAGGGUUUCGAGCUAGGAAUGCACAUGGAUAGGCAGGAGGUAAGAGAAGCGGCUGCCGGCCGGGGUGGUGGUCGAGGCCAGCGGCAGGUUAGAGUUGCCAGAAGCUCCAAUGCUCACCGGUGUACGGGUGGUGAGGCGGUGCUCCGCCGCUGGCCGGGGUGGUGGUUGCCGGCGGCCGGGCCUGAUCCCGGACGGGCGUGAUGCCGGACCAGGUUAGGGGAGGGCGGGGAUGCGUCAGCGGUAGGUAGACGAAGGGCGGCGCGGACGUGGC